GCCGUGUAUGCAACCCUCCGGGCGUUGAAAGAAUCGGAGCACCGCUUCCAUACUUGAAGUCCUCAGAGAGGCUAAAUUUGAUCGAAAGCGUAGCUGAAUACGCUACAGCAAAAAUGGCAUCUUACAAAGAGCGAAUGAAAGCACUACAGGAUGAAGUUGGCCGAUCAGGAUCCCAAUCACUCAAGAUCAAGAUUCCAACGCCAGAAGAAUUGGCAUCUCUGUCUGUCGAAAACUCCAGCUUUGCAAUGAAGGGUCUCGAGACUUGUGAGUCAGAGGACGUCCAUACAGACACUGACGCAACGAAAAAAGAUGAAGUCCAGCGCAAGAGUCCCGACUCCUGUCGUGAGGGCUAUUAUUUUCCAAAAUUCAUUGAAGAAGGAGAUCCAAUGAUGGACGAGCAGAGACUCACGACAUUUUCUCGUCCAAGAAUGCUGGUCAUUGAUGGCAAGUCCACUAUGUCACUUGGAGGACCGUCACCCGCAACAUCAGGUAACUGGUUCAAUGAAGCCACAACGCCACUGAAAGACUCGUUUGAGUCUCAGAAAAUCUGGUGGGGAACCAUCCCCAAUGAGAACAUCUCGCCAGCACAUCGUAUUCGCGCGGCUGUUAGUGACGAGCAACCGAGGACAACAUAUAGAGCGAGGCAACUCUAUGCGGAUCUUAAAGGAGCAAGUCAAGUUUUUGAUAGUUUGCCACUAAUGCCUUCCAGUCGCAGUUUGAAGCACAUGCAAUUGGUAGCUGUUGCGGAAUCGAGUGCUGAUUCUAUGAGAGGCCCAGACCAGUCUCCCGGAGACACUUUUCUUAUCUCGCCGUCAAUCCGGCUUAACACAAUUGACGAAAAUCCGAUCUCAUUGAAGGAUGAUGCUUCUGCAAGCUCAAAGAACCAUAUCGUUCCUCCUCAGCUCAACACUUUUUCGGGUCCGCAAAAAAAAGAAAGCGUCAAAGGACCUGACGCUUCCCCUGCCAUGAUGCUUGAGUCUCAAAAAGUUCAUGCAAGUACGAAUCCGGGCGCCCGUUUCCAUUUGCAGGGUCAAGCCCAUGAAGACCCCUUUUUUGAUGAUACCGAUCCGGGCGGCGCAAAAUACAUCAGAAGCAAGACCCUGCUGACCACAAAUGCGGUGGCGUCGGCCGAAAAGCGCUACAAAAAAGAAAUGGCAAAAUGCCAAAACCCCGGUGUUGCUGCCAACAAUGUGGUUGAUGUAAAUCACUCCUCCGCCAAAGCCUCAUCUCAGAUUCAAGAUGUCGCCCGAAUGUAUGGCUUUCAGAGCUCUAUUCCGCCUCUUAUCUUGGAAAAAAAUCACAACAGUUUUCAAUUUUCUAAGGCUAAGCACCCUUCUCAGCUUCAAGUCAUUCAGUCCUCGCAGGGCAGAAUGACGAGUUAUGGAAAACAAGACCUGCAUAAAAUGCAUGUUGAAAUGUUGAAGCAUCCACAUAUGACCAUUGUUGACUUUCUAGAGCGCUUUGAUAAGCAUGAAUCUCACCAUGCUUUUGGCAGCCCCAAGGCAAUCGGCCCAAACCAAAAGACUCCCCAAAAGAACGGCCACACGCUCAGGCGAGCCUCGCAGUCUAUUGCCAGCAGCGACAGAGAUCGAAGCCUUUCUGCUCAUUGGUACUUACAUCAGGAUUAUCAUGCGCCACCGAAUGGUUUGGCCCACGGAGCUCAGAUGAGCCCGCCUGUCUGGACACAGAAGACUACCAAGAAAGAUUUUAGGUGGCGCCUUGCCAAAGGUGGCCACUUUGUGGAGGGUAUUCCAAGUGCAUUUCAGGUUCUCAACGUCAUCAACCCUCCGUAUUACCAACUCCCCUUCGGAUCGAUCAUAUUUGGAAUCAAGUGCAGCAAUGAAGUGCUCGUUCGAGCAUCAGUUCAGAACUUGGUAUGGUGUUCCAGCCUCGACGGGAACAGGGACCUUCAGGAAGCAUGGAGUUGCCGCCGCGUUGGGGCUAAGUUAAUGAUCAUGUUCUACGUCGCUGGGAGCGGCAAGAUUUGCGGCUUAGCGGAGAUUUGGGGCCCAUUCAGCCAUACUGCCAAACCUCCAAUGUUCAAUGAAGGUGAAACCUUAGGAGCUUUCCCACUUCAAUGGAUUUAUUGCAAGGAUGUGCCGUUAAGUGCAUUUGGUACACUUUAUGAUUCUUCUACUGGCAAAUAUGUCAUCAACUUUUCUGAUGCCACUCCAUUUCCAGAGGAAGUAGGAAGACAGGCAGUGCGGAUCUACGUAGAAGGAGCUCAUAUUUCCAACAUUCUUACCAUUGAAAGACUGAAUUGCUCCAACCCAGCGUCGCCCAAGUCUCUCCAGCCGCGUACUCCACGACGUCGAGCUAGCUCAGGUCUGACUCGUACUCCAUCCACCAAAUUUGACAUUGGUUUGACUCCAAGUUCUCACCACACUGCCUCUGCAACUCCUGUUGCGCCCAGCCCCUUCAAGGCGCAGCCCUAUCUCGAAGGAUCCGGGCCCGAAAGUGCUAAAUCUAUUCAGAAAGAUAUUGCCAAGGGCAAACUGUCUGAGGCAAAGAAGAGCGAUCAGCCGAGCGCGAAGAAGCAACCUAGGAAAUUGUCUUUUGCCAAACCAGGCCGCAAGGCUGGCUCAACUAAUGACAAUUCCAGUACUUCCCAGCCCGAGGAGAAGACGGAUUAGACGCCAUUCAAACCGGCGUACUUGAGAACCUUGGAGCUGACGAUCUCAAUUUUAACCCAGCCAGCAUUGCCUUGAUCUUGGUGCCUCUUCUCCAGUCCGACUGACGCACUUGGCGCAUCAAAAUUUAAAGCUUUUGCUUGGUGGAAUAUGUGUUACAUAACAGGCUAUUGGACAUUUCCAGCUCCGAACUGACCGUUGACUUUGUCUACAUGCGCAGUCUUUCUGACCGCUCUUAUUGUCAAUAUGUCACAGCUGCUGUAAUAUCAGGUACAUAGACUCGCCAAC